AUGGCUUCCGUCACAUGCCUCGUCCCCAUGAAGCCUCGUCUAGACACGAAGUCCUGCCCGCCCAUCGUUACCGAGCUUACACCAUGUGUCGACUCCCCAUCGCCAUCGCCAUCUGAGAUGUCUCCACAAGUGAAACGGAUCGACCCGCCAGGUACAUGUACAGAUACGACAGCUACAAGCAGAGGUCCAGGCCCAGGCCCAGUGGCCAAGUCGCCCACUUCGCCAACACAGAUCAAGCGUAGCGGAAGGGAAACGGCAUCAAGACCAACAUCUGCGACGAACUCCAGCACUAGUCAAGGACAUGGCCAGAGCCACUCGCGCUCUGCAUCGCGCAGUACGGUGCGAUCAAGCCCGAACAGUCGACGGAGUUCACUACACUCGGCUCGUCGAACUGUCCCACAUACAGCAAUCGUACCUGUCCCCACGAACAGGACUUCCCCACAGGAACGGCGAGAGUCCCUGAUAGCUCUACAUCGAGAAUCAUGUCGACUAUUUCAAGAUGAGGCUUCAACCUCAACCUCCAAAGACCAAACAGAAGUACAUAUAAAUACACCUUCACCUACACAUGCACGAUCACAAUCGCAUACAAGACCACGCCAACCAUCCCUCCAACGAGCCUCAUCAACAACCUACACACGCCGCUCCUCACGCACAUCAACCGAAAAGGGAAGCGGAAACUCAGAACCAUCCUCCCCGAUCGCCCCAUCAGCAUCAUUCUCCAGCUUCCGCUUCGAGUCUGAAACGGAACCUAUGCCCCCGUUCCUCACUCCCAGAGAUCGAUCCCAUACCAUGCCUAGCCAUAGUACUACCACUGCCAUCCCUUCAAAACACCAUCACAGCCCAUCCGCUUCAUCAAUCCACGUCCCGGCGACGGUUAUGGAGUGGACAUCGCCGUCGACGCGCCGGCGCGAGUAUGAGAAGAUCGAUCGGGCGAGUAGUGGCAUGCGCGGUCUCUGGAGGCGUGUUGCGCCUCGGUGUUUCCAGACGAGGGAGUCUAGGACUCUUUUCUUUGAAGAGGGGAAGACGGAUCGGGAGGGGAGUGUAAGACGGUUUCGGAUGGAUAUUCCUGAAGAUGCAGCUGAAGCUGAAAUCGCUGGAGAUGGGAAAGAAUCUGUUUCUCCGACUGGAAAGUCGCAGGUUCAGCUUUUGGAUUUCUUGAGUCGGCAUACUAGUCCGACUCCCAAUGCGGGCUCGAAUUCGGGCUAUACUUCGUCCGAUGGUCGACGACGCUGGGCUUGUCUUCGGUCCAAGACUUCUCCAUUGCCCAACGCCUAG